CCAGCGGGAGGCUCCGACUGGAAAACCUUAAGGAAUAUCUUCCUCCUCCUCCUCCUCCUCCUCCUCCUCCUGCUACCGGGCUAAUAAUACCUGUUUAUUAAUAACGGAGGCUGUGUUUGUGAGGCUGCUCUGCGGGAGGCUGGCUCUCUGCUCCCCGCUCCUUAUAAACCCAGAAUGGGCUCCACCGCUGGACGUCCGCGGACCGGGACCGCUGCGUGGUCGCUGCUUUGUUUACUCCACCGGGUGCGACUUUAAACCGUAAACAAGCUCCGAGCAGAGACACAAAGCUCCGUGUUCAGUCGGUGCUACCGGACAAUACGGGUUUACUGCACCGGGUUCAGCGCCAUAGCAACCCGUUACAACCCGUUAAUAAACACUAUAGUGUCUUUAACUGGUGUAUUGUGGGGGAAUGGCUGCGAGCUGAGCGCUUCUGGGUAAAGUUUGUUAUUUUUUAUUUAUUUUAUUUUAUUUUUUUUACACGUUUUUCAUCGAAAAUGAAGUCUUCCACGGCUCCCGGAAUACGGUUUAUCACGUCUUUCUCUCGAGAUAGUUGGUAUCGUGGUUUCAUUCUCUUCCUCACCUUCCUCUUCUACACGGCCUACCACCUCUCGAGGAAACCUAUCAGCAUUGUGAAGAGUCAGCUGCACAGAAACUGCUCCACGGUCCUUCAGCCUACAGACCUCAACAUAACCAACAAUGCUACCUGGUGCGACUGGGCCCCCUUCGACCAGGACAACUAUCAGACGCUGUUUGGAGUCUUGGAUAACUGCUUCCUGGUUGCCUAUGCCUUCGGCAUGUUUUUCAGUGGGAUCUUUGGAGAGCGCCUGCCUCUGCGGUACUACCUGAGCUUCGGGAUGCUGAUGAGUGGAUUGUUCACGUGUCUGUUCGGCCUCGGCUUCUACUGGAACAUCCACUCUUUAGGGUACUACGGCUUCAUCCAGGUCAUGAACGGGCUGAUGCAGACCACGGGCUGGCCGGCAGUGGUGGCCUGCGUUGGGAAUUGGUUUGGGAAGGGGAAACGCGGGUUCAUCAUGGGUGUGUGGAACUCCCACACCUCCGUGGGAAACAUCCUCGGCUCCCUCAUCGCCGGAGCCUUCGUCUCCUCGGCGUGGGGAAUGUCCUUCAUCGUCCCCGGACUCAUCAUCGCCUCCACGGGGAUCCUGUGCUUCUUCUUCCUGGUUGAAAAACCUGAAGACGUGAACUGCACUCCUCCUCAGCACCACAGCGAGCAGGAGAGCGUCGAGACGGAGCAGGACUCGGCCCACGUUGACCAAACUGUCAAUGGAGCGAUCUGCACCGAGUCCACAGAUCUUGUGGAGGAGCACGUCGAGGCCAUCAGCUUCUGUGGAGCACUCAGUAUUCCUGGAGUGGUGGAGUUCUCUCUCUGUCUGCUCUUCGCCAAACUGGUCAGCUACACGUUCCUGUACUGGCUUCCUCUCUACAUCUCCAACGUCGCACAUUUCGAGGCAAAAGAGGCCGGAGACAUGUCGACGCUCUUCGAUGUGGGAGGAAUUGUGGGAGGCAUCAUGGCGGGUCUUGUGUCGGACUACACCGGUGGGAGAGCGUCAACGUGCUGCGUCAUGCUGCUCGCCGCGGCCCCUAUGCUUUUCCUCUAUAAUUACAUCGGACAAAGGAGCCUCGGCACGACAAUCGGUAUGCUGUUGUUGUGUGGAGGCCUUGUGAACGGACCGUACGCCCUCAUCACUACCGCUGUAUCUGCUGACCUGGGAACACACGAGAGUCUGAGAGGAAACUCCAGAGCGUUAUCGACAGUGACGGCCAUUAUUGACGGGACUGGUUCCAUAGGAGCUGCGUUGGGGCCUCUGUUAGCCGGUGUGAUCUCCCCCACCGGCUGGAACAACGUCUUCUACAUGCUCAUCUCCGCCGACGUCCUAGCCUGCCUGUUUUUGACCAGACUUGUUUACAAGGAGGUUCAGGGUUGGUGUGGAUGUGGCCCCCGAAUGAGAGGGUUCAAAGAAUUCUGAGACACAAUCAACCAGGGAGCCAAACACAGAAAAGAGGGAAACAAUAAAGACCUCAGCGCACAGCCAAUAACCUCUUUCCAUUCAGGCUGCUCGGGAACAAAAGCCACCAGCGGAAGAUUCGAGGCACUAAAGUGACGAUGGAAGCCUUCUUCUUAUUGUACGACAGAGAGAAAUAUGCCUUUAUAGAACAAAACUUUUUUUAUGACCAAUCUACUCGUUUUAACUUGUUUUAAUAUUCGUUUAUCAUUAUUCUUUUAACAUUAAAAUACUAUGCAUUUUCUUAA